GUCCUCAAUAAAUAUAACCUAUUAGCCGAAUCAAACCCGCUUCAAUUACGUGCUCAUGCCGAUAAGCUUAGUACUAUGCUACCAGAUUGGAAGGCUCAUAAAGAUGUGAAAGAGGCUCUCUGUUGGCGCUUAUUCAAAGAAAAUCAAAUAGGAGCUCUGGUUCCAAACAACAAAAAGAAAAGGCUUACUAUCAAAGAAAGAGCUCAAUAUUGUGCAAAAACUAAAGAUGUGUGGGAUAUUUGGUUACAUGCUUUAGACUUAGCU